AUGGAUUUCCUACUAUUGCUGUUCCUGGUAUUCUUUGCACCCCUGCUCCUCUUUAUUGCAUGGCUUGCAGCUUCAUCCUGCCUAGGAAAUCGCUUCCGUUCAAUCCGACCAGGGUUGGAUGGAUACGGAGCGAGCUACCUGCGCACAAUGGCCAAUUCGGGUCCUGCUAUGUCCGAGCAGAUUGAGAUGGACGAAAUGCUAGCAGAACCCGGGACUCAACGCCACUUUGAGGAGGACGAUUGA